AUGAAUAAAAAUAAAAAUAAAAAGAAUAAAAACAAACAUAUUAUUAAUAAUAACAAUAAUAAUAAUAAUAAUAACAAUAAUAAUAAUGAUAAUAAUAGAAAUAAUUUAAAUAAUAAAAAAAAUAAUAGAACAGACGCAUUAAAAAGUGAUAAUAACAAUAAAUUAAAGAAAAACGAUUCUGAUAAAGAACCAAAAACUACUUUAACAUCUUUAUCCACAAAUUAUAUAACUAGUGAUAAUUUAGAUAAACAAACACAAUUACCAACAAAAGCGCAAUCACAUCCCCUACCACAACACUCAAUAAUGAAUAUAGAAAAUAAUCAAAGUGGCGAUGGUGGUAAAAAACCCAAUUCACCUCAAUUAACCCCAAUUACAAAUGCAUUAGUUAUCCGAGAUAGUAAUAUGGAUGAUAAUAUAUUAGAUAUUAAAAUAAGAGAUGUUUUAUCGAAUUUAGGUUUAGAAAAAUACUAUAGCAUCCUCGAAAAUGAAAAUAUUUUAUUGUGGGAAGAUUUUAAAGAAUUAAAAAAUGAAGAUUUAAAACUGAUUGGUUUUAAAAUGGGCGAUAUUGUAAAAAUUAGAAGGCAUAUUAAAGAUGACGAACCACCUAACGAAAAAUUAAUUGAAGAUCUUUUAGAGUUAUUAUUUAAAAACAAUGAUCCAUCAUCAACGUCACACGAACUAGCAAGACAAAUACGAUUAAGUAAAGAGAUAAGAGAAAAAGAACAAAAUGAGAAAUUAGAACAGCAAUUUCAAUUAGAAAGAAUAAAGUUUAGAGAAGAAAAGGAGAAAUUAGAAAAAGAAAAAAUAGAAAAAGAGAAAUUAUUAAAAGAGAAAUUAGAAAUAGAAAAAAUAGAAAAAGAGAAAUUAUUGAAAGAGAAAUUAGAAAUAGAGAGAAUUUAUAAAGAAAAAUUGGGUCAGGAAGUAUCUCAAAGAGAGGAAUUUGAAAGAAAAAAAAAGGCUGAAGAAUAUCGUCUAGAAAAGGAAAGAUUGGUGAGAGAAAGACUAGAGAAAGACCGUUUAGAAAAAGAAAGGUUGGAGAUAGAUCGUCUAGAAAAAGAAAGGUUGGAGAAAGAAAGGCUAGAGAAAGAUCGUCAAGAAAAAGAAAGGAUGAAGGAAGUUCGUCUGGAACAGGAAAGACUGGCCAACGAAAAGCUGGAGAAAGAUCGUCUAGAAAAGGAAAGGAUGGAGGAAGUUCGUUUAGAAAAAGAAAGACUGGAGGAAGAAAAAAUUGAAAAAGAUCAUUUAGAAAGAGAGCACAAGAAAAAUAAAGAUAUAUCAACACAAAGUAUUGAGGAAGAAGAAAAAAGACAAAAGCUUAUUGAAGAGUCAUCAAAUUAUGAUUUUAGUAAUGCAUUUAAUGGAGGAGCUCCAACAUCUGAAGAUGAAAAAAUGGUGUCACCAAGAGGCAGAAGCAGGAGUAGAAGUACCAGUAUAAAUAAUAAUAAAACAGAUCAUACUGACCAAGAAAGUACUAGGGGAAGAAGUAGGAGUAGAAGCUCGUCAUCUUCUGGUGACAGCGAAACUGAAGAUGGUAAUAGAAAAUCAAACAAAACUGUAAAUAUGAAAAAAAAUGAACAAGAUGAUGAAAUGGAAAUUUCGGAUGAUGAAGGUAAAACAAAUAGAAAACCAAGGACCAGUGAACAAAAAGAAAUUGAAAAUCAAAAACGAAGAGAGCAGCAUCAAAGAGAAUUAGAAGAAGAUAAAUUGUAUUAUGAAAAGCACAAAAAGAAUAUAGAAUCAAUGAAAGGACCACUUGGAUCAUCACCCAGUUUUGAAUCAUCCAUUGCAGUAGCAACUACAACAAAAUUACCAAAUGCAAUGACUGAUCUUGAAGAAAUUGAGGAUUUUUUAGUAAAGAAAAAGAACGAAUGGCUAGAAAAGAAUGUUGGUAAACUUAGCAAAACAAUUGGUAAACUUUGGGAAUUUUCAAGAAAGAAUCCAGAAAUUAUAAAGAAACGUGAAAAGAGAUAUUUUGAAAUUAGUGAACGUAAAUGCAAAUUUUUUAAUGACUUUAAAGCAAACUUUUCACCCGAAACCUAUAAUCUAAUAUCAAAAACAUUCGAAGAUUUCUGGCAAGAAGAGUGGAUUAUUGAUAUUUUACAUAAUGAUAAACCUCCUGUAUUUGAAAAAGAACAAAUAGAAUUUCAACAUCAACAAGUAAAGCAACCAUCACAAAAAUCCGAUAUAGUAUUUAUUGAAGAUGAAUCAGAUGCCAUCGAAGAUUGGGGUGAAGAUUUUCUUUCGUCAGGUAAUAAAAAAGCAGUUAAUGAAAAUAAAACCGAUACACCAGAAAAAAUAGAUUUAGAAGAUCUAUGGAGCACAAAUAAGAAGCGUAAAGAACCAUCAUCGAAUACAAUUUCAGACACCAAUAAACCUGAAGAUGUUGAAAGAUCAAAACCUAAAAAACUCAAAACCUCCAGUGAUAGCGAUAGUGAUAUGGAAAUCAUAUCAAGCGGAAAAUCAUCACCAAGGCUUAAAAUACCAGCAAGAACAAGUAGAAAUAAGAAAGAUAAUCACAGCGAUAGUGAUUAUGAAGAUGAUGAAGUGGUAAUUACAAAUGCCCACCAUACAAAAGAUUUAGAACAAUUUUUAGAUGAAAAAGAGAAACAAAAAAGAAAUAAAUCUUCAUCAUUUGAUAAAUCAAAACCAAAAUUAAGAACAUUAAAGAAAUGGAAGCCAUCCUUAAACAGCGAAGAUGAAUCAGAAAGUAGUUAUUCGGGUGAAGGUGACAGCGGCAGUGAAAGUUAUAGUGACGGUGACAGUGGUGGUAGUUACAGUGACAGUGAGAGUGACAGCGAUAGUGAAAGUAAUAGUUUUUCUGAUUCAUCACUUUCAUCCUCUUCAUCAAGAUCAUCUAGUGGAAGUGAUUCAUCAUCGGAAGACUCUAAUGAUGAUAGUAGUGAUUAUGAAAACAACAGCGACAUACCAAAGAAAUUAACUAAUACCACCUCUCCAACUAUCAAACCAAAAAUACCAGAGAAAAAGAAAACAAAAGUCAUUGAAAUUCAAGAUAUUAAUAAUGUAAAUCAAAGAACACUUAGAAUAAGAAGGAAAGAACAAGAAGAAAACAAACAAAUCGAAGAACUUAGACAAGCUAGUCUAAACUCUGACCAAUUUAAAAAGAACAAUCUAUUAAUUUUCCCUGGUAGUGAGGGUAAAAAGGAUAUUUUUAUUGACCCUCAAAUUGGGUGUUUCCUCAAAGAGCAUCAAAUUAAAGGUGUGCAAUUUUUAUGGGACAAUUUGGUAUUCAAAGGUAAAGGCUGUAUUUUAGCACAUUCAAUGGGUUUAGGUAAAACUUUACAAGUCAUCACUUUUCUUUAUACCCACAAUCAAUACCAUAAAGGCUCAAAAUAUCUUUUAAUAGUACCUGCAAAUACACUAUGUAACUGGGAAAGAGAAUUUAAGAAAUGGUUGCCAUCGAAUAAUGCAAAAUCAAAAAAUUCACUCAAAGUUUUUGCGCCUCAUAAUCAUAAUAUGAGAGAUCGUUGUAAUGUAAUUAGAAAUUGGUAUAAAAACGGCGGUGUAUUAUCAUUGACAUUCGAAUCGUUUUCAAGUAUGGUCAGCAAGUACCGAGAAGAAUAUCAAGAUAUUGGACUAGUGCUCAAAACUGAUUUCAUGAUCGUUGAUGAAGGCCAUCGAUUAAAAUCGACGAAAACCAAACUAUUUGACUGCGCCAAUCUUGUAGAAACACCAAAAAAAGCUUUACUUACUGGCUAUCCAUUGCAAAAUAAUUUAUUUGAAUACUAUGUAAUGAUUGACUAUAUAAGAAAUUUACAUUUAGGUAACGAAAGAGAAUUUAAAGAACGUUUUGUUAAACCGAUUUCCGCAGGUUCAAAGAGUGAUGCCACCGAAUAUGAAAUUAAACAAAUGAACUAUAGAAUGGCUGCACUUCAUGAUCUAAUUAAAGAUUUUGUUCAAAGACUUGGCCCAGAAGUUUUAGAUAAGGAAGUUAAUGUUAGCAAAAAGGAAAAGAUGAUACUGGUUAAACGUACCGAAAUUCAAACCCGUCUAUUGGAGAUCUCUAUCAACUCUAGUACAUCAGUUGACCAUUUUGCACAAUUCGAAGUUUUAACUGUAGUAUGUGCUCACCCAGAUGGCCUUUUAGAAAAGAAACCACUGUCCAAUAAAGAUUUAGAGAAAAAACCAAUUAACGAAUUAAAACAAAUCCUCAAAGUAAACGAUGUUCCAACAACAGAUAUUAUUUUAAAGAGUGAAUUAGUUCAACGUGUAAUCAGUCUUAAUGAAAUUAAAUCAGCAAAUAUACACCAACCAAAUGUAUUUACUUCAUAUUUCAAUUCGAUUGGUUAUAGAAGAGGUAUAUUAGAGCGUAGUAACAAAUUUUUAUUAUUUUUUUCAAUGUUAAAAAACUUUACUGAAAAUGGUGAAAAAGUUGUAGCAUUUAGUUUUUCAAUCUCAACACUCAAUCAGUUGGAAUAUUUCUUGCAAAAGAAUUUAAAUUGGAAACCAAACAUCGAUUAUUUUAGAUUAGAUGGCCAAACUCCUUCAAAGGUUAGGCAAAGGAUGAUUAAUCGUUUCAAUGAAGAAGACAAUCAUUUAAAAUUAUUUAUUAUAUCAACAAAAGCAGGUAGUUUAGGUACCAACUUAACUGGUGGUACCAGAGUUAUUAUUUUAGAUCUCAGCUGGAACCCUGUACACGAUCGUCAAGCAGUUUAUAGAUGCUAUAGAAUUGGUCAAAAGAAAACCGUAUAUGUUUAUACUCUUGUAAUGGCUGGUACUGGUGAAGAAAGAAUUUACAAUAGAAUGAUCCACAAACAAGCUUUGGCAAAGAGAGCGGUAGAUGCUGAAAAUCCUAAAAUUGAAGAAGAAGUUAAACGUGGUAAUAGAGUAUUGAUAGAUGUUCCUCAAGAUCUAGAAUCAAUCAAUAGAGAAAUUAAAGAUAACAAUGAUCCCAUUUUUAACAAAACUAUCGAAGAAAAUAUAGAUACAAUUAUUGCAAUUAAAGAUGUUAAUACUUAUUUUGCUAUGGAUCAUGGUAAAUUAACCGAAGAAGAGGAAAAAGAAGCUAUAAACAAUUAUAAACAAGAGAUUUCAUCAAGUAAUUUUAUCAAUUAUAAUUUACCAAGAUCCAAUACAAAUAAUAAUUUAAAUAAUAGUUUAAAUAACAAUAAUAAUACAAAUAUAAACAAAUUUAUUUAAAUAAACAUAUCACCCAAAAACUUAAUAAAUAAGUUUAUUUUAAUUUUCUUUUUCAAAC